GGAAGUGUGUCGUGGACACCCACGGGCCUAGCAGUGUGACGACGGGAAGUGUAUUUCUGUUAGCUGGCUCUGUAAUGGCGCAGGGGACUUGCCUGGACGCUCCGAUGAGGUUAACUGUGAGGUCUCCACGGCAUGCCCUGGCCAGAAAGUCAGGUGUCCGGGACAUUCUCAGUGUCGCGAGGCUUGGGAACUCUGUGACGUCCACGCGGACUGUGGAGAUGGGCUCGAUGAAGCACGCUGCUCCCCAAAGCGCUGCCUGGCGGGCCGGUGGCGGUGCAGGAACCAGGUGUGUGUCGCGGAUAGCUGGAGGUGCAAUGGGGUCAAUGACUGUGAGGACUUCUCAGACGAGGACGCCUGUGCCUCCUGUCCAGAAGGCAUGGUUAGAUGCGAUGAAGGGAAAUGCAUCCUGGAAUCCCUGAUGUGUGAUGGGGAGGCAGACUGUGCGGAUGGUGCUGAUGAACCCACUACAUGUGAUAUAGAUGAGUGCUCCAAGGCCUACGGUCCCUGUGGUCAGCUAUGCCGUAAUGUCCCAGGCUCUUACUCCUGUGCGUGUGUUCAAGGUCACCAGCUCUACAAUGGUACCAGUUGUCGAGUUACAGAUGAUGCUGUUAAAAUUCUUAUAGCUGCAGACAGAGAACUUGGUGUCCUGGAUCGAAGAACAGGCCUCUAUGAGACUCUGAUACCUAUAAAAUCGAGGCCUACUUCUGUUGCCUAUGAUCUUGAGAGAAGCAUGUACUUUUGGGGGGAUGAAGUCUUACAUGUGUUCAUCCUUGGGCGGCCAAACUCGGUUCCUCUCUAUCCAGAACUUAAAACCGUGGACAGCAUCUCUUUGGACUGGCUCACGGGGCAGUUGUAUUGGGCUAGCAGCUUCGCGAGGGUCAUCGGUGCUGGCUUGAGUGAUGGCAGAGGCUACGUCAAGAUCUUGGAAAAGGAUCUGGUGCCAGAGCAGCUAAUCGUGUUUCCCACGAAGAAGUCCUUGUUUUGGGUAAAUCGUGCUAAGAAAGGCAGGAGAACUAUCGAAGCUGCGGGGAUGGACGGCUCAGAUCGGAGGGUGCUCACAGCCGUCCACAUGGAGGAGCCUGUGGGACUGACGCUUGACUACGUGGCCGGCCAGUUCUACUGGAUCAGCGAAUGUAAAGAGGUACUGGAGAGAGGCAAAUACCCAGCAUGUGCUCCGGGCUCGUGCAGCCACCUCUGUCUCCUGUCCCCUGUCCAUCCCAAGGGCUAUAAGUGUGUUUGUCCAGAGGGAAUGUUCCUUUUACCUUCUGGGAUAUGUAGUGAGUUAAAGCUAGUGUUUUCUUCUGGCAAACGUCUCUACUUAUUGAAAGUUGGUUUUAUGGGAACUGCUAUAGAGAGAACCCUAGUUCAAGAGCAUCCAAGGAACAUCUAUUUACUGGAUAUUGACUGGAAAAGAAACCUCAUCUACUGGACAAAUGCCCAGGGACAGCUAUUCUGCUCAACUGGCUAUUCAGGAGAAAAGCAAGAGAUUUGGACAGAGCAUACAGUCUGCUCAGCAAAUGUGGACAUAUCCACGGGGAACUUGUACUGGGUGCCCUGUGACCGAAGUGCUAUCCAGAAGACUAGAAUCCCUGGCCCAGACACCCGGACCCUCUACAGAACAGGCAGCAUUAUACUGCAUCUUCUUCUCGAUUGGCCAAAGAGAGUGCUCUACUGGGUAGAAAGUGGGAAAUACUUGCAAAGUAUGACCCUCGAUGGCAAAACCAGACAGCAAGUCUGGACAGGCACCUGGACGGCGGACACCCACAUGGCCUUAGACCUUGGCUCAUCUAGCAUCCUCUGGACGACCAAAGGGUCAGGGUUGCAAAGUCUGAGUCUCCUAAAAAAUAGAACGUACACUUCGAACAAAACCUGGAGUGACGGCAUUAUAGCGGCUCACGAGCCCUACCUGGUGACCGUGCACAGCGGAGCCCUCCUGCUGUGGGACAGGAGGACGCCGGAGCCUUUCGCGGUGUCAAAAGAGCCGUACGUGAGGAAAAUGAUCAUCCUGGCAGAGAAUCAGCAGGUUUCAGAUCCUGAGCUUGAAGAGGCGGCCACAGACGGUCCUCCCCCCGCGCUUCCUGUAGCACUCCCGCUGCCUUGCACCCCAUCCUCUGUCCCCUGUCGGAACGGGGAGGGAUGUGUUUCUCAGGAGUACCUCUGCGAUGGCAAGCCGGACUGUCAGGAUGGCUCGGAUGAAGGGGACUGUUCCCGGUUCUGCAACAGACCAGGGGUCUUCCAGUGUCUGAACAGAAACCAGUGCAUCGAGGAGAAAUACCACUGCGACGGGGCUCAGCAGUGCUCGGGUGGGUCUGACGAGCUGGGCUGCUGGAAGCCCACUGAAGAUUGUUCUUUACGUUGUGACAACAAGACCCGCUGUAUCCCCAAGCACUGGCUGUGUGACGGCAAUGCAGACUGUUCUGACAAGAGAGAUGAACAAGGAUGCGUUCAGGCAGAAUGCAGAGCCCCAGAAUUUCGAUGCCAGAACGGCCAGCGCAUCUCGAGCUCUCUGCGCUGCGAUGGGAACCAAGACUGCGUGGACCACUCUGAUGGGACAGCUGUCCUGGGACCUGGCCACUGCGGCGCCCGUUGGGGGAGGUGAAGUGCCGGGGGAGGGAAGAAUGCAUGCCCGCCG